UUUUGUUUGAAAUAAAUGCCUGGAUUACCGAACCGAACGAGCGUCCCACCUCCCAAUGUGACAAUGGCUUACCGUCAGAGCGGGCACGUGAUUCAGCCGCAAUCGAACGGCGUUUGGAACGCUAGUUACACGGCCAAUUGCAAUAGUAAUAAUAACUGGACGAACGUUGGUGCUGCUGCCUCGACGGCAGUCCAGCCUGUCCGUCAGACGUUUGACGUGAUUGCGCGACGCAGGAAUCCGCAUUACUGGACGGCGGCCGGCAACAGCAAUAAUCCGGCCGUUUCCUCACCCGGCAGUGGCAACAGUCCACUGACACCUACUCCGACACCCAGUCCGGCCACUCCCUCGCCCAUCAGUCCCGCCUAUCCCAACAGACCCGUUUCGUAUGGAUCGGAGAACAUGGACUUUCCACAGGACUCGCCGCGGUACACUUCCCCAAAGCCCGGAGGAGGACUCUACGGCGAUUCCUAUUUUAUGGGUGAUGGAUCGACACAUCCAGCCGAUCCGUGGGCGUCCAAUGGGAACGGAGGCGCGCCUUUACAUGCCGGCCCGUACGGUGGCUAUGCUGGCCAGCAACAAGGGCAACCGCAACAACAGCAACAACAGCAGCAGCAGCAGCAACAACAACAACAACAACAAGUCGGGCAGACGCCACCGCUGAUGAAUAGCGGCGGAGGUGGAGGCAUACCCAACACACUCAUGGGAGGACAGCCUUCUUACCCUGGCCAGGCAGGUCCUGGAAUGCACGGAAUGGGAUCAGGCCCCCUUCACGACCCAUCUGGAAUGGGCGGCUACAAUGUCGCUUUAUCCCCGGCGCAGGAUCAUAGCGGCGCUAACAAUUUGAUGAGCUCCGGUCUUCCACCCAUGUCCACCUUUCGCAAUUCGGCCACGGGCCCGAUGAGAGGCCCCGUAUCGCAGUCGGGCGUUAUCCAGGCUGGAGCGGCCUCCACAGUCCAAUCACCUUCAAUGUACAGCCACAGUCCCAACUUAGGUCCACCGCCCGGCCCUGGUGGCCAGACAGGGGACGCUCUAGGCAAAGCUCUAGCAUCGAUCUAUUCCGCUGAUCAGAGCACGAGCAGUUUCAGCUCGCAUCCCACUACGCCCGUCUCAUCGCCACCUCCGUUGACAUCGGUGAAUCAGCCGCAGUGGAACGGUCCUCCUCAUCCGCACACGCAUCCGGCAGGAGUAGCCAACACUGCCUCGCCUCUCUACAAUGAACGCAAUCUCCACAUGGCUCGUCGCAUGCCCGAGCAAGAGCGACUGGACGAUGCAAUUGGCAUUCUUAGGAAUCACACCGAGGCGACCACUCGGAUGGAAGAGCGACUGGACGAUGCCAUCAACGUUCUACGGAAUCACGCCGAAUCGGUAGUCGGUGGGCCACAGUCUGCGCUGCCCGGUACUGGUCCCUCACCCGCCUUGUCACAUUCCAACGGCAUUAUGGCCGCCUACCCGCCCGUCCUCGAACCACUCAUGGGUGGACACCAUCCGGUCAGCAGCACAGUCGGACACCCAUCGUCUUACGGCAAUCUGGGUCCCACAUCUCUCGGUGGACCCAUUCACGAUGCCGUGGACCGGUCCAUGGUAGACGGCCUUCCUUCGAUACCCAAAGCUCCACCUACAAGUUCAAAAAAACGAAAAGACCCUGACAGCAGCGAAGCGAAAUUGGGCCUGGACGGACGCAUUUCAUCGCUGGGCGGGGCUUCAGCCAACACACCGACCUCGUCCAGCCACGGAGGCGCGAGCAAAAGCAGCAAACGCUCGCGGAGUGCCGGUAGCGAUGACGAGGACGACGACGACGAGGGACUCGAUCCGGCCGUCAAGGUCGUCAAGGAGAAGGAAAGGCGGCAAGCGAACAACGCUCGGGAACGGAUCCGAAUCCGGGAUAUCAACGAAGCGCUCAAGGAAUUGGGGCGCAUGUGCAUGACGCAUUUGAAGUCGGACAAGCCGCAAACCAAACUGGGCAUCCUCAACAUGGCCGUUGAGGUCAUCAUGCAGCUCGAGCAGCAAGUGCGAGAGCGAAAUCUGAAUCCGAAAGCGGCCUGUCUGAAACGACGCGAAGAGGAAAAGGCUGACGACGGAUCCGCCAAGGGAAUGCAAGGCCCGCCUCAUCUGGGCGGUGGCGGAGGUGCUGGUGGCGGCGGACCGCCCCCGAUGAUCCCCUUUGGAUCGAUGCCAUCAUCUUUUUGAAUCCAACAACUCGCGGGCUCGCAUCAAACUCUGAAGUUGUCCACACACACAAUAUUAAAAAAAAAAAAAAGAGCUGGCCAUUACGUCAAAGUGCGUUGCCAGAUCGACGAUAAACAAUCCUAUAUCGAACACGCGCAGUUCGUUUCCCCCCCUUUUUUUUUUUUCUGAAAUUUGUUUUUUUUUUUUUUUCUUUUUGUUCUUAAUCCAAGAAGAAAAGAAGAAAAAGGGGAAAACAAAAGUAAUAUGAAAAGAAAGAAACUAUUGUGGUUUUCUUGUUACUGGUGAGAUGUAUCAGUUAAAUGUGUGUGCGUGUGCGUGCGUGUGUGCGUGAGUGCAAGUUGGCGUCUUUGCGAUGUGAUUGAAUUCUGAACGGGUGCUCCAAUAUCCUCUCCUCUUCCCAUACACACACACUUUCUGGUAUCCUCGAGCGCUUGAUUUUCAACCGGAUGGACACACGAACGGAAAGGGUAAGCAAAGAAGAAGAAGAAGAAGAAGAAGAAGAAAAAUAAUAAUAUCGGGCAGCGACAUCUUACCUCGCUACCGUCCCUCACGUUUUUCUUUUAAAUUUUUUUUUUUUUUUUUUUUUUUUGGAGCUGGAAAUUUUUUCUUUGUUAUCGCGACCGAGUACAUAUUAUGCAAUCCGGACAACUACAAGAAAUCCAUAACUGCUACCGUUCUCCCGUGGAAGGCAAAGCUCGUCGCUCGUUAACACAAUGAUUGUAUAGAUUUUUAUGACAUGUCUUCAAAACCCUCCUCCUCCUCCUCCUCGUCCUUCAUCCCAAUCCUCAUCACAUGGACGCAGUUUAACGACGAUUUAAAAAAAAAAAAAAAAAAAAAAAAAAAAAGGGCGCGAAAAAUGGAAACAUUUAAAAUGGAAACACGCGUUAAUGCAGUUCGUCAUCACCCAUUUGAUCUAACACUCGUUGACGAUGUUCACCUGUAUGCAUUGCGUGCCCCGUCUGCGUUUGAUCGUGUAAAACGUUAUUCCCAUCCAUUUUCUGUUUUUGUUAUAGCCUCGAUUCUUAUCUCUCUCUCUCUUCUUCUUUCCUCCCUGCCCCCUAUGAUAAUCACCAUGUCGUUGCACUCUCCCACAAGAACGUGUCGGAAUAGCUCCUGAUGGUCUAGCUGAGUAGCUUUAUUACGAGUAGCUUGAGUUUUGAUUAUUAUUAUUUUUUUUUUUCUUUUUUUUUGCCAAGCGUUUUGUUUUAUGAUUUAUUUUUUUUUUUUUUUGUUUUUGACACCUACUUUUUGCUCACCUGCAGCUGGUUUCAUUAGCCACACACUUCCGCGUAGCGUUUGGGUUUUCAAUUUGUAUGUGCCUCCCUACACACACACACACACACACACACCUGUCCCCUCUACCACACGAAGCAUCUCUCUCGCUCUUCUCUCUCUCUCUCUCAUCAGCGUGCCUUUAUUACUACCCCUCCCCUCUCUCCCUCACUUCGAAGCACAAAAGACACAUUUGGAACGUACCUAUAUCCUCUUGAACUAAGCAGCAGCAAAAAGCAAUCGAAAAGGGCCUCCCUCCAAACUCCCGAGGACAUAUCAGCUGAUUUUCCAUUACGACCAUGUCACGUUUUUUCUUGUUGAAGCAUCUCGUUCUCCUCCGUAUGUUUUUUUUUUUAAAUCCUUCUUUCUUACAAACAGGACUCCUCUUAGGGCAUUGUAGUACUUUUUUUUUUUUUAUAUUUAUUUUAUAAUUUUGUUUUAAUGUUUUUAGUGAGAAAUGCAAAGCAUAGCCGGCGAUCUCAAAAAAAGAAGACAGUGCACGAGCACCGUAUGAAAUGAAUAGGAGAAACUGGAGAAGAGGUUGAGGUCUAGUUUUGUUUUCAUAUCCAAACCAAGAAAUUCCCCCCCACCCUCCUCAUUUCUUUUUUUUUUUUUUUUUUAUUAUUAAAAAAAAAAAAUUAUUUUCCUGCCUGCGGGAUUGUCAUCGAAAGUCGUUUCGGCAUCAAUAAUCAAGCGUACGUUGUUUUCCAUGACAUUCGGGAGACAUUUGUGGGAGUUGUGUGUGCGUCCACCUUCGUUUGCGUUUUUUUUUUUUUUUUUUUUUUUCAUUUUUAUCCUCUCCUGCUCCUCUCCGCCGCUCCCCCUUACCACAAUCCUCCAUAUCUUUUGCCGAGGGAUGCGAUAGGACCAUGGGGUGUGUUUUUUUUUUUUUUUUUUUUCAGUUCAAUCGUCUCAGAUCGAGUUUAAAAAAAAAAAAAAUUGAAAAAAAAAAUUAUGACUUCUAAAAAAAUCACGUUGCCCCUCCUUUUCAUUUCGUUUAAUUAAUUUGUUUUAAAAAAUUUUUGCUUUUGAAUGAUUUGUCUUUUUUUUUUUUUUUUUUUUUCUAAAUGGGGAAUUUGAAUGACAAAAUAGAUGCCAGACAUCAAGUCUUUUCCAUAGCUAUCGUUGAUUUAAAUGUGCGUUCCCUUUCUACGUGAGUUUCAGCUACAUUCGCCUCUUAUUAUCAAAUGGUUUAACACACACAGACAAGAAACCACGUGUUUUUUUUUUUUUGUUUUUUUUUUUUAAAUAUCUCCAGCUGGAGCACCGUUUAUUACAUCCUCAACCCUCUUGUGUGUUUCAUGUACUUUUUGACCGGAAAAAAAAAAAAAAAAAAAACCAAACAAAAAAAAAAAAAAAUGUCAAUCGAUUUUUUUUUUGUUUGUUUCCUGUCUUGAUUUGUCUCUUGUUUUCUUUCACCGUGUUUAAAUCAUCCUUGCCGACCCUCAUCGAUAUCAUAUCUUAUAUUGAUUGUUUUAAUGGUAUUCUUCUUUGCUUUUUUUUUUUUGCUAUCGACAUACAAUCUCCCCCCCCCUCGCCCUCAAUUCGCCCUGUUGACACACUCUGUACGCAUCGUUUCUCUCUCUUUCUCUCUCUCUCAUCAUGGAAGUUGUAAUAAACGUGCCAUUGCCAUUUUUUUGAAAAAAAAAUGAUGUACGACCGA